AUGUUUAAAUAUCAUUACGAAACAGGAGUAGAUGAUUUAAUUAUGAAAUUGCAAAAAUAGAUUAGAAACACUAAUUUUGAAUUAAAAAGGAUGAAUAGAUUUUUUCUACCUUAAAUAAUAAACAAGAACUAUGAAAGCGAAAGAAAUAAGAGGGUUCUUAAAACUUUAGAAGAUCCAAUAUUGAAAUCAUACUCUAAUCAAAAAAGAUUUGAUCGAAGUAAUUAUUCAAUUCAUAAUAAAUCAAAUAAUGUAUAAAAAAGUAAUUUGAUCUAAUCACCUGUGGAAUUAGAAAAAAUAGAUGAGUGUUAGGUAUUUGUUUGGAGAAUCUCAAAUAAAAAACCUAAUAUCACCUUUAGAAACUAGCGAUUUUCUACUGUUUAAAAAUGA